ACCUGCAACUCGAAGGUCCAGAUCACUUGACCCGACAGAUAGACUCCAGAUGUCUCCAUCGAAAAAAGCCAAAAACAAGCCUUUCUUCCAGUCCUUGUAUUCUUCGAAAAAUUCCAAAAAGACUGAAGAAACAAAAUCAAAGGCAGGGAAGUCGGUUCAAGCCAGAACAGCAGCAACAACAGCACCUGCACCUGAGGACCGCGGUCGCCCAGGAAAGAAAUCUUCCAGUACUUUUGUUAGACAACGGAAACGAAGUGCAAGCCCCUUUCAGCGUUUCCUGAAGAGACGCAAAGAUGAUUGGUCUGUCUCCAAAAUUCCUGUGAAGAAGAAAAUAUCUUCCCCAACAAAUGCUUCUGUUUCUCUGGUGACUUGUGCGAAAAAAAAGGGCAAUGAUGUCUCCGUAGUGGUAUCCCCUGUCAAAAGAAAGCAAUCAAGUCAUGACAAUCAGUUGCAAGUUUACCCCCAGACAGUUCCACUAGCUACAGCAGAAGACAGUGACUCUGAUUCUGACCAAUCAGAUGCUGGCUUUUCCACUAUUUCUGGUGGCACAGUUAUUUUUGUCCCACCUAAACAACGUGCUGAUCUGUCUGGAGAGACCUUUGAGAAGGGUUUAAAAGGAAGCAUCAACAAAGCUCUUAGCAAAAGAGACCUUGUACUCUGUGACCAUUCUGUCAAGGGCAGGAAUCCUUUGGAAUCAUCAGUUUCACUCCGUACUCGAUCUCGGUCUGUUGACAAUGAGCACGAUCUGGGGUCUUCACAUCUGCAAAGCAAGCGUUCACGCAGCGCUUCGGAAGCAAAAGGAACACACAGGCCAAAUGCGAGAGCGAGUUUUAAGGUGACAAAUGAAACCAAAAAGAUUUUACAAAGAGCUCAAGUACCGUCUGAAAAUCUCAUCCAACCAGGAAUUAUUUCUUCAACUCCAAACACACCAUCAGUCGAUAAAAUCCAUUCUGUGCGACGAGCAUCAUCAGCUAACGAAACUUUACAGCAGAGCAGUGUCAAAGAGCAUGCUGUACGUCGUACAGCAUCAAUGGCUGUACACAAACAGAACUCAUCUCUGCCUGUAUUAAAAUCCAACAUCUUGAAGACACGAAUGAUGCUACAAAAUCAACAACAGAACAUGAAUACUAGGCCAUCACCAUCAUGGUGUCGUCCUGUUAACGAAGGUUCGGCAACGAAGCCGUUGCUGAAAAGAAACAUCUCUGAAGCAGAUCAUUUUUGCAAGACACCAAAAUGUACAAGACUUCGUAGAAUUUCCAACCCACUUCCUGCCUCACCCACAUCCAGCACCCCAGUCAGUUCACGUCGGAAAACUGAAUACAAACAAAUGAUCAAGGCAUGUCUCAACUCCCCAAAUCUGCACAAAAAUUCAUUUCCUCCUGAAACCAAGAUGCCCGAAUCAGAAUUAGCAAAAAUCAAUUUUGACUACUUGUCUAAUCAACAGGACAUGUUACUGUACCAACUGAGAAGUAUCGAAAAGUCGUUCAAAGAAUUACCUGUACCGAAACCACCGAAAAUGGAGAUAGAUCUAGAAGAACCUCCUGAAAUAAACCAUCGGGGUAAAGAGAACAAUUCGGUUUUCCUAAGCCCCGCUCCAAUCAUUAAGUACAGACGAGAGCGAUUGCCCAUGGAAAGUAUUGAUACUGAAGACGGCGACUUGGGGACACAUGAGACUGGAAACCAUUUGAACGAAAGUCCUCACACGCUGCAGAGCAACACACAAUCACGGCCCCGGGUGAUUACUUCAGAGGAAGAAGUGCCAAUUAUAUAUGUGCGGAAAGACCCCAAGCCUCUCCCACAAAUACAGUCUAUUGGGGUACAUUUCAAGCACCCUAAAAGGGUCACACCCCAUAUUCUGUCCUAUUAUAAGUAUGCAAGAUUUAACGUAUGAACGCAUUUGCAUGCAUCAACCCAUGCCAGCAUGGAAAACAGACUUAAAAUGAUGAUGAUGAUGAUGCACUUCAUUGCCCAUCCUCUUUUUCUUUUUCUUUUCUUUUGCUCUUCCACUUUCUUCUAGAACAUUCUUGCCAAAUUUUCCUUUUUUCUUAAUGUUUCACUUGUCUGUAUUGAACUGCAUUAUGAAUUCAAAUUUUCAUGUGUUAAAGUUUACAU